ACACUGUUAGAGGUUUGCAUCAUUAAAUUAACAUUGUCUAUGAUGUAGUGCAGCCAUCAACAUUUGAUACCCUUAGUUAUAUCUGUGCAUUGUGUGGGAGCUGACAUAAAGACACAUCGUGAUGCAUGUUUUGACAUAAAUAGAGAAGAUGGAGGCUGUAGGAGAUGGUCUGAAGGUGAUGGUUAAAGUCUUUAGGAGAGAGUGCCACAGGGUUUUACACUCUGAGAGGACCACCAUUCACGGAGCUGAUGGCAUGCUGAUGUUGCUGCAGCUGGUCAUGGCAGAUGUUAAUAAGCAGCACGGCGGAGAGUUCAAAGUGGCUCUGAGUGAUGUCCUGAUGGCCUGGAAACACUUACUGUUUGACAAACUUCACCUGCCACCCCCCAACAUUGCACGCUUGGAGAACUAUGAUCUCAUCCUGGAGACAUACGAAUCUUUCCUGAAACGCUCCAACACUGUGGACCUGGUUGAUAUCCUCUCCAUGUACAAACAGCUGAGCCUAGUGGACUCAGACCCACAAGAGCCUGUGAGCCCGAUCCAGCUGUUUGAGUUUUUAUCAGGUAACAUGGAUGUCUCAGAGUUACCGAACUCUUCAGUCCCAUCAACACCAUCUAGUAAAAGCAGGCCCUGCAACUCACAGGUAAAAAUAGCAGUGAGAAGGGUUUUCUGCUCCUAUCUGGAUUUGCUCGUGAAUGCCAAGAACGACAUGGCGCUGGCGCUAACCAUUGACGUCCCUAGUCGCGCUCUUGGACGUCAGGCAUUUACCGACAUAAAGCACGCUGCACGGAACAACAACACUUCUCUCUUCUUGGCUGUGACAUCUUUUGUGAGGGCCAUCCAGCUCGGAGGGAAGGGCUACGCUCCAGCUGAGUCUGACCCACUGAGGAAACAUGUCAAAGGCCUGUCGGACUUCGUUCAGUUUCUAGACAACCUGGAAGAAAUCCUGGGAGAGAUUCCUGACCCAAGUGUGUGUGGAGCCAGGCUGGUGGCUGCCAUCAGGGCAGUGCUGGUGAAGGGACGCAGCAGUGGAGAUCCAGUGUUCGCUGCAGCUGAGGAGACGACAAAGGAGCUGAAGGAGAGGAUCUGCCAGCUACACCAGAUCCAAAAAGGGAUUUCUAAUGGAAGCGGGACAGGGAUAAGCCCUGCCAGGCCAAAGGCUUACGCGGUCAAUCACUGCACUGCAUACGGAGGUCGGGACACAGUGAAGGUGCUGGUGGCUCUGCUGGAUGAAGAAGCGCUGACUCCUCCGUGUCAGAACAAGGCAGACCUGCUGUCUGAGGACCAGCCCACCCUCAGUGGAGCAGAGGGGACCAGCUUCCUUAACAUGUUCAGAUCCCCUGAAGUGUCUACUGGAUGCUCUCCAGAACCUCUAAAGAACCGAGUCCAGAGCCGACUAGACCUGCUCAAACCCAAGCCCAGAGACAAAGUCAUUCGAUCCCAGUUUGCGUGCACAUACAAAGAUGAAGAACUGCCACUCAACCGUGUGCUGGAGUUCCCCAGCACCAGCCAGGUCCCUACCUGUGUGCACCCAGCACCCAAAUGCCCAACCAUCCCAGCUGUGGAUGAGGACUGCAGCUCUGAUGUGGAGGAGACAACCAAAGCCAAGUCUACGUCUGAAUGCCCGAAUAAGGAGCAGAACGGUGUGCAGCGGGGGCCUAGUCUUGAACCAAGAAGUGGAAAUGUGCAAAACAGAGGUGCAGGCCCAGGCAAUAGGAAGAAAACCGCCACUCAGAUGCAGAGAAAGGGCAACAAGAGGAAACAGGUGGAUUCUGACCAACAUGGUGGUUCAGAGAACGAGCCUCCACAGAAGAAACUUGUCUUGGUCCAAACGCAGGGCAAGAAUGUCAGUAAGGCCUCGAGUAAGAAGAAGCUGAUAUCUGGGCAGGGAAAGCUAACCAGCUUCUUCAGACUCUAAUAUGGGUUAGUUCUGGUUUCAUGUCAGUCAGACUUUCUGUCAAAUACUGGUUAUACAAAGCAGUUGAAUGUUCUUUUUUUUUCUUCCACUGUCAAAGUAAGUUCCAAAUAAGGCUGCAACUAAUGACUUUUGGUCCCAGUUAAUCUGUUC